AAGACGAAAUUUUUUCUUUUGAACAUUAUCAAGGUUCUGCAGUAUAGCAAAAUCUUUAAGUAGUGAAUGUUCUUGAUAGAGAGAAUAAGCAUGUCUGAGGCUGGCAGUCUGGAAUUGAUUUCCAGUGCUUUUGGUUAUGAACCAACAUAUCUGCAUAUAUAUUUGUUCACUGAUAUAAGCAAAUCUAGGCCUAAAGAGCACAAAAUUUCAAAGAAGUAUAUCUAUCAAGAUAUGAACUUUUUCUUUUUCUUUAUGAAGGCUAUCUUCUCCUUGGAUUCCACUACUUUGCUUUGUAUAUUGGUUACUUUUCUUCACUUGUUUACGAACUUUUAAGUGGCUCAAUUUUUGCUCAGGGAAAAGUUGCAGCUUAGUUUGGGUGACAGCUCUCUCCUCUUUCUUCCUUUGGCUUUUCUUUUUUUCUUUUUCUUUUGGGUAAAGAAAGAGCACUUUGCUUUUCUAAUAUACCAAAGUUAUAAUCAGCCCUUUCCACACAGUACGAUUUUCUUAUGUUGAGAUUUAGGGUUGGGAAUUUGGGGUAUUAGGGAUUGGAGUUGGGCCAAAACAAAAAGGGUAUGAUUAAAGGGUACUCUGCUAUUUGUAUCCCACUCCAUGAUUAACUAACUUUGUUUUUUUCUUUUGGUUUCUCAUUUUCAUUCUGAGCAGAAAACCAUGAAGCUCAAGUCCUCCAUUGCUGAACUCAUCUUCCUUUUCCCUAUACUCCCUUUCUUGUUUUCCUCAGUCAUUGCUGACCUUAACUCCGAUAAAGAAGCCCUCCUUGAAUUUGCUGCCAAUGUAUUUCAUACACAAAAACUCAACUGGAAUAGUUCUACACCAGUUUGCUCCUCUUGGGUUGGAAUCACUUGCAAUAUAAACCAAACCAGUGUGAUUGAUAUCCAUCUUCCUGCCAUUGGACUCUUUGGCUCAAUCCCAAACAACACCAUUGGAAAGCUUGAUGCUCUUAGAGUCCUUAGCCUCCACUCCAAUUUCCUCUAUGGAACUCUUCCUUCUGAUGUUCUGUCCAUUCCUUCAUUGAAAUUUCUUUACCUCCAAAACAACAACUUCUCUGGUGCCAUUCCUGCUUCUCUCUCCCCCAAUCUCAUUGUAUUAGAGUUAUCCUUCAACUCCUUAUCUGGGAUCAUUCCAACCAUCAUUCAUAACCUGACAAGGCUUGCAGAGUUGAGUCUUCAAAACAAUUCCAUCUCUGGAGCCAUCCCCAAUCUGAACCUGAAAGAGCUUAAGCUUUUGAAUUUGAGCUGUAACAACUUGAAUGGCUCAAUUCCAUAUUCCCUCCAAAAGUACCCUCGUUCCUCAUUUCUUGGGAAUUCUCUCUUAUGUGGGGAACCUCUAAACCAUUGUUCUAAAAUCUCAUCCUCUUCACCUUCUCCUUCCCCUAUUCACUUGCCUGCAGCCUCACCAGUAGCCCUGGAAAAUCGAAAUGCUACCCCUGCCAAAAAGUUACUUGGCCUAGGUUUUAUCAUUGCUUUGGCAAUUGGAGGAGCUUCUGUUUUGUUUCUUUUGGUCAUCAUGAUCAUCUUAUGCUGUUUGAAAAGGACUAGAAAGGGAGGCAGUAGCAUGUUGAAAGGGAAGAGUGCUGCCUCUAGUGAUGAAAAGACUGAUCAGAAGUCUAUAAGUUUCGGGAGUGGAGUGCAAGCAGCAGCAAAGAACAAGCUGUUCUUCUUCGAAGGAUGCAAUUACAAUUUCGAUCUUGAGGAUCUACUGAGGGCAUCAGCUGAAGUUCUUGGAAAAGGAAGUUAUGGGACAACCUACAAGGCUGUUUUGGAUGAGGAAACAACUGUUGUAGUGAAAAGGCUAAAGGAAAUUGUUGUGGGUAAGAGGGAGUUUGAGCAGCAUAUGGAGGUUGUGGAGAGGGUUGGGAAGCACCCAAAUGUUGUGCCUCCUCGCGCUUAUUAUUAUUCUAGAGAUGAGAAGCUUUUGGUCUACAACUACAUGCCAGCAGGAAGCUUGUUUGCUCACUUGCAUGGAAGCAGGGAUGCUGGAAGAUCCCCGCUUGAUUGGGAUUCAAGACUAAAGAUCUCUCUUGGAAUUGCGAGGGCAAUUGCUCACAUUCAUUCUAAGGGUGGUCUUAAAUGCGUCCAUGGUAACAUAAAGUCCACAAAUGUCCUCCUAACCGAAGACCUUGAGGCUUGCAUCUCAGAUGUUGGGUUGACUCCUCUAAUGAACUUCCCUGUGGCUGCAUCCAUGUCACGAAGAGCUACUGGUUAUCUUGCACCAGAGGCAAUUGACAUGCGCAAAAUGUCCCACAAAUCAGAUGUUUACAGCUUUGGUGUGCUCCUACUCGAAAUGCUGACAGGGAAAACCACACUUCAACAUGCAGGGCAUUAUGAUAAUGUAGUGGUUGAUCUCCCAAGGUGGGUGAAAUCUGUUGUUCGUGAGGAAUGGACUGCUGAGGUUUUUGAUUUGGAGUUGCUUAGACAACAAGGCAUUGAAGAAGAGAUGGUGCAGAUGCUGCAGAUUGCAUUGGCAUGUGUAGCAAAGCUACCUGAGUCACGCCCCAAGAUGGAUGAAGUUGUGAGAAUGCUAGAGGAAUUUCGGCAGUCUGACACUAGGACUAGGCCUUCCUUUGAGUCUGAGCUUGAUGUGCAAAGUACCCCAUGAAAGCUUUAGUUUCUUUUGUUUGGAAUGGAAAGUAGCAACUUCAUAUGCAUGUAUGCAAUUUCCCAUUUGGAAAUAAUGUUCAAUGCUAUUGUUUUCAGUGUCACAGUUUCUAGGACAGUACUCUCCUAUAUUCUGAUGGAGUGAUGAACAUGUCCUAGUCAUAUAGACACCGAGGACCUUUCCCUCAUAACCAAAAAAAAAAAAA